GAUCGGCAGGCGGGCUACAGCAGCGGCAGGUGCUGCCCCGCGUCGGUUGAUUGAGCUAUAUAGAGAUGGGGAGGGAAAAAAAGAAGCAAGUCGAGAGUGAGAGCCCUUAAUCGGGAACAAUCACAAGUACUUAGCCAGAAGAAGAGUUCGCUCCGCCCACCCGAGCGAGUUAGCCGAGGAAGGAGGAGGGCGAAGUUCUGAACAGCAUCAUGGCCUAAAUACGUCAAGGUGUCUGUGGAUGUGUAUACGGCGGGGUGUUUGCACACUGGAAUGUCUGGUCGGAGCUGCCCGUGCAAGGAUGUAGCCCCGGGUGUCGACUACCUCUUAUCCCCCCUUCAGGGCCCAACCAGCCUAUUUUGCAAUUCAGCCCUUGUCACCACUGGUAGAUUGUCUGGGUUGUUUCCAAAAGCAAUAAAAGUUUCGCACCACGGCAAGUCCCCCCGUCUUUCGGCUGGCUCCGGUUGUCUUCAUCGUCGGCAGGCUCGGUUGCUUCUUCCACACAGCUCGGUGGGUUCUUUUCCAAACCAGUCUCUCCGUCGUUGUCGUCGUCAGGAAUCUUCCUGUGGACUUCGCCAUUCUCGUCACCGCUCGUGGUCCGGAUUCAGUGCCCUGGUCUUCCCACGCGGGCAGCCCCACCGGCCCGACAUCGGCUUGCUUGGUACACUCCGGGAUCACGGCCCGUCCAGCCCCUCGCGCCGCGUCCACAUCAGCCGUAAUUGAAUAGGACAUCCUUGGCGACGAGUGAUCCUACUUCCUGGCGCGGCCGGCCACCACCAGGCCCCUCCCCAGCCAAGUUCCCCCAACAUGAGACCUGUUUAUUUGAUUCUUCAGCUUUGUUUAUUGCAAUGUGUUCCGCCGAUACUUAGCGACAAGACAGAGGAAGAUGAGUGUAAUGAUGGACGGCAUACGUGUGAAGAGAACGCAGUCUGUACGCAGACCCGUCGCUCCUACAGGUGUGCAUGCAAGAAUGGAUUCAACAGACAGGGCAGCUCAUGUGUCGAUGUGGACGAAUGCGGCAGUAAAAAUGGCGGCUGCGUGCACACGUGCACCAACGUGCCAGGGAGUUACAACUGCGGAUGUUUACCGGGCUUCAUACUUCACCCGGAGGGAAAAGACUGCAUCGACCAGGAUGAGUGCGCAUCGGGUCAACAUGGCUGCCAGCACGAAUGCAUCAACACGAUAGGUAGUUACCAGUGCACUUGCCCACGGAACUACUUUUUGAACGCAGAUGGGGUGACGUGCUCAGAUCACCCAGGCUGUGGGAAUGCCAAUCUUGGGUGUGGUCACUACUGUGUGGACAUCGCUAAUGACCACUCCAUUUGCCAAUGCCGGCCCGGCUUCAUGCUCGCUGGUAACAAGAAGAAUUGCAUACCAACCUGCUUGCACGGCAAUGGCGAGUGCCAACAUGUCUGUACCGACUCGCCCAUCGGUCCCCUCUGCAGCUGCCAUGAAAAGUACAACCUACACACGGACGGCAAAACCUGCGUAGAGGCGUACGAAGAUACACAUGACUCUUUCCCGUCAGGUGAUGCUUUCUACCUAGAAACAUGUGGCCUCAAUAACGGUGGUUGCGAUCGAGUUUGUUCAGAUACGCCGACGGGAGUUCUCUGCAGUUGCCCUGACGGGUUUGAGCUCCAAGGAGAUGGGCGAACGUGCAGAGAUAUUGAUGAGUGUUCGAUGAACAACGGGGAGUGUGAAUAUCGUUGCACCAACACCAUCGGGGAUUUUGAGUGUAGCUGCCCAGGAGGUUACAAGCUCCUUCGAGAUGGUCGGUCCUGUGUGGAUGUAGAUGAGUGCUCCGUCAACACCACAUGUGACCACACCUGCCUCAACUACCCCGGGGGUUUCCGCUGCUUGUGUGAUGCAGGGUACCAGGCAUAUGGCAUCACCCACUGUGGAGACAUCGACGAGUGUUCCAUCGACGCCGGCGGCUGCCAGCACAUGUGCACAAACCUACCGGGGUCCUACGAGUGCGAAUGCCAGGCUGGCUACCGGCUACACCACAACAAGAAAGACUGCAUUGCAGAGUUGUCCCGGUGCGUCCCCCUGCGCCCGCCGGCCCGGGCCAUCCUGUCCUGCAGCACCAGCGACGAGGAGGAGACGUGCUCGCUGCGCUGCGAGUCCAACUCCCACUUCACCUCGUCCGGCCGGCGCGCCUACACCUACCGGUGCGGUGACAGCACGGAGUACCGGUGGACCAACGGUGUCAACGCAACCGAGCUCCCCUUGCUGGAGGCGGAUGAAGCACUCCCCAGCUGCUCUGCCUCCGUCAACGCUCCGACGUACCACCACAAGGCUCGCUUCACCUUCACGGCCGAAGACUGCGAGCUGCGCCGCUUCACGCGCUCCGAAUCCGUGGUGUCGGAUUUCCUAAGUAAGAAGUUAUCAGAGAUCGACGCGGAGGGCUGCAGUGGUCUGUGCGAGGUGAACUUUGUCAACCUGACCUGUCAGAGCGACAGCACGCGCCGUGGCAAGCGACGGACCCGCGCCCGCAACUCGCUCAUCUUCGCCGACUUCGAGAUAGCCGUGCGACCGGAGCCGCCCACCUCUGACUGCGACGUGGACUGCGUGACGGCCAAGACCAAGAAGAAGAUGCGGAAGACAAUCCGGAAGCUGAAGUACGCCAUCAACAAGGAGCACCUGGUGGUGACGUUUAACGAGAACACCGAGUACCGGGUCACCCGCAAGUCGUUCCGCACUACCUCGGACGUGGAGACGGCCUGCCAGCCCGGCCACGUCAUGGUCAAAAACAAAUGUGUUGCAUGCAGCGUAGGAACCUAUCAUGACACUUUCUCGUCUCGCUGCGCCCCCUGCCCGCCCGGCACCUACCAGGACCAAGAGGGACAGCUGGAAUGCAACAAGUGUCCCCAGGCGGACAACACCGGCAUUGCGGGAGGCUCGGACAUCUCACACUGCGGCGGGCAGUGCAGCCCUGGCGAGUUCUCCCUGGACGGGUUCGCACCUUGUCAGCCUUGCCCCGUCGGAACCUACCAGGCGGAGAAUGGGCGGACUCAUUGCAUGAACUGUGGGGGCGGAUUGCAAACCAGGGCGGCGGGGUCUACGUCAUUCGCCGAUUGCCAGGCGAGGGAGAAAUGCACGGCGGGGAGUUUCUACGACGUAAUGCGGCACCGGUGCGCGCUCUGUCCUCAGGGGACGUACCAGUCCCAAGCCCUCAUGAAUUACUGCAUCAAGUGCCCUGGAAACACGACCACUGAUGGCGAUGGAACGACCACGGCCAACGAAUGCAAAGACAGGCGAUGCGGUGGCGUAAUCGGCAACUACAUGGGCUACAUUGAGAGCCCGAACUACCCGGGCGAUUACCCGUCGGGCAUCGAGUGCGUGUGGCGGGUGGCUGCCCCCAAAGGCCGCAAGAUCAUCGUGGUGGUGCCCGAGGUGUUCCUACCCGAGGAAGACAACUGCGGAGACCAGAUUGUCAUGAGGAAAACCAGUAAGAACAAAAAUUCUCCGUUAUCCAUGACCACCUUUGAAACUUGCAAGAAUGUAACCCGACCGAUAGCCUUCACCGCCCAAACCAGGAAGUUGUGGAUCCAAUUCAAGUCGGAUGCGUUCAACUGUUACUCGGGAUUCCAGAUUCACUAUGCCACCUAUGACGAAAAUUACGAGGAGCUCAUCAAGGAUAUCGUGGGAGACGGGCGGUUGUACGAGUCCGACCACCACCAAGAAAUCCUCAAGGACAAGGAAACGUUGACAGCCUUGCUGGAAGUGAUCGCUCAGCCCGAGACCUACUACAAAUACAGUCACGAGGAAUCCAUGAACAUGCUACCAGAUUCUUUCAUUGAAUUCCUCCGGGGCAAGAUUUCCCGCCGUUUCUACCCGAUAACGAGACGAUGAGUUACACUGCGUUGUAAGAUUAUCUCCUUUGUAUUAAUUUGUAAAUAUAAAAAAAAUUUUAAAAAGGAACCAAAUUGGACAAAGCAUAAAUGUAUGAACAAAAUGUAUUCCAUAUUCCUUUUUUUAAUUGUGUUUAAUUGAGAGUUUAUUUUUCAGGCGGGGAUCCAUGUUUAGAGAACAGUUUCUCAUAUUACUUGAAGUUUUUUUUUGUUUUGUUUUUUUGGCUUGGAAGAGCUGAGCCACGUGUCUGUAAAGGUCCCAAUUAGGUUGAUCUUUAGAACGCGGGCAGUUGUCGUAAAGGGGGAAAGAGAUUUGAUUGUCAUGUUUACUCGGCCUCGUCGUGUCUGAUGAGGCCGACCACAUUUUAAGAGGCUGACCCGUUCAGUUUCGGCAUGGCAGCUGGCAAAGAAAGAAGUUGAUUUGCUAUCGAUUAAUUCCCGUAAUUAAGUUGUGGGGGGGGGGACUUUAGAAGAUAAAGUUGUGCAGAGUGGUUCAAGUCAGAUCCAGUGUCCUAACAAACUGGAGAUUUUGAAAUCUGGUCUGAAAUGAAUCAAUAAUCAUCCGAUCAGUUCACCCGGGAGCUGUCAUUUUAACCUCGUCACUGGGUAACUUUUGUCACUUUUGUUCACUUAUUGCUUGCUUUCUGUUCGUGGAGGGGAUAAUUAUUUUAGUGAGGGUUUGCUCACUUUACUUUCUGAAUGCUUAUUGUCUUUGCUAGUUUGGAUUUGACUUUGGUUUGGGGAUGGGUUGGUCGUCAGAAAGGAAGCUUUCCACAUUGCUGCAUUUAUUGGGUAUUCCCAAGCCUCUUGCAUCGCCGCCUUGUAGUCAGUCUUAAAAACCCUCGCCGCUCUGAUUUCGAACCGCCACCUCGGAGUAUAACAUGGACCACUUGUAAACUUUUAAAUUGGAAAUGUUUAGGAAAGACUGUGUGUAUUGUGUGUGCGUCGCUCGGCGACAAUAAAAGUAUUAAAAAGGUCUUGUUGAAAAUUACUGCUUGAAUUUUUUUUCAAAAACAUGACACGGUAUAUAACUUUUUAUAACUGUGUUGAAAUGUUAGAACUUGUUUUAGAAACGGUACGCCGGUUUACAGGUUAAGAGUACAGUCAUUGUUGAUACUGAAUAGUAUAAGACAUUAUUACCGUAAAGUAUUCAGAACAAUUUAGGCUGAGGAAAGAUUAUAUUGAAUCGUCCAAUAGUUGCUGAGGAAAUAGUGCAUAUACGUAGUAUUCGCCUUGUUACCAAAGUUGUUCGUAGAAACGAUAGCUUAAUAACUGGAGAGAGCAGGAAAGCACCUGUUCUUUUCGCUAUCCUAGUGGGAGGGAGUAAACUGUAUGAGCUACAUGCAUAUGUGGGUGGUUUUCAUCUUUUUAAAAAAUAUCAGUCCGCGGCUUAUUUGUGGUUGUAAACAGUCAAGUCCUCACAGGUCUUCCCAGUCUUCAUAUUGGUCUUUUACAAGCCUUCAGGUCCUCACAAUUCAUGCAAGGUCCUCACAGGUAUCGUCUUGUCGCAACCCAGUGAAUAGACUGUUUAAACAAACUGUGACAAAGGUAUUGUUCCUUCGCUACCGAUCGUAUCACCCUUACAUGAAACCCAACCUCAGGCUGACUUUUGAUUCGACUUGUGAAUUGUUAGAGAAUCCUUGCAAAAUGGUAUUACGCAGUCGAGCCUCUUUUUUGAAUUAAUGAAUUUCUUGCUAAAUUGCAGAAAAUGGAUAUGAACUCGUGAUGUCGUCGAAUAAAUCGGUCAAGGAAUUAUCCCUGCCUUGGUAAAAAUGACUUAACCUUUCCCACAAUUCAUUAGAAUUAGACCAAAAAAAUGUUUCCAAAGAUCAUGCCCCAUUGUAGAAUUUUGAUUGUUAAACAAGUCAGUGUUCUGUUCGUGGAGACCGACCAAGAGGUGCAUCCGUAAGAAUCUCGCCAGUGUACUUAGAAUUGUUGUGGUGGAUAGACAUCUGUCAGUACAGAACAUACCACCGAUUACGAUUGUGAUAAAUGCGUUUGCGGUUCUCUUGUGUAUAUAAUGUGCCAAAGAUUCGACUCUGUGCAUCCAAGCUGUACAUAUUAAUACGUUGUUUUAAUAAGUGAAAACAAAUGCACUGCCGAAAACUCGCGUUAUCUCGCGUUGUUUGAUAUUAAAGUAAAAAUCUUAAAAGUAUUAGAAUUUGAAGAUAGGAUCUCCGAUGUGAGGAUUUAGAAUGUGAACGCAGAAACUAUGAUUGUUCAAGUGAUGUUUUCAGACAGGUGGUUGCCUAGGUAACGGAAUGUACCAUUUUGAACAAGAAUAUAGUUCUCAUUUGUCUUCCAAGUUUUAAUGUAGGCCUGUGCUGACUCUAAAAGUCUUUUUGUUCUUACUCAUUGUAAGCAUUUGUUCCUGCCAGAAGUUUAGAACAGCUAUUCCGAACUUGAACUAAAUUUGACGCAUUUCAGGAAGAAUUUAGAAAAUAAUCGGAGGUGAUUUUUUUUUGGGGGGGGUGUUGUAAUUCAAAGGUCGAAAAAUUGUAUAAUGGGGGGGGUUGUGGUAAGACAAAAAUCACGUGAUUACCACCUUUCGUUUGUAUUUAUCCCCACCCCACGUGACGGGGGUUGUGGUUUGUAUUCUUUGUGUAUGGGGAAUUUCAGGCCCCAUCUGCAUCGUGUUCGUACGCGAAUAGCUUAGAAUUCAAAACUAGAAUUUAGAAUUUUUCCCUUGAAAAUAGUGGACAUUUCUCUGUUAUUAACCCGAACAGUCCUUAACCCUCGGACGGGUAGAGGAUCGAGGCUUGUUAGGGUUAAUCGGUCCAGCACAAAUUCAGAAUUCUCAAAAUAAACAGCGCUUAGUAGAAGAUUUUCAUAUCGAAUCUCAUUGGGCUAUAGACAAGAGUCAUUUCAGGAAGUCAAGCAGUAUUGGUGAAGAUUUUUAUUGGUUAUCAUCAAAGCCUCAGAAAAAUUUAAAGUAAAGAGAUGAGAAUCUAAAAUGAAAGGCCAUGAAUGAAGUACAAUAGAGGAAUGAUUUAAAGGGCCAAACAUAGUCAGUAUCUCGUUGGAUCUUGAGAGUAGGCUGAAGAAGUCGUCGAAGAUAUUGAAUAAACUCCGCAACUUUGUACCAAAAC